GCUAUAAUAUAUCACUAACUAUAAUUAUAUAACUAAAUAUAAUUAUAACCAUGUCACGAUUAUAGCUGAUGCCAAUGUUGUGCGUCAAGGCAAACAGAGAUCACGUACAAAGCUUGUAUGAAGCAGGACUUUAUAGAAGCGCCGAACUUUUGGGUAGCGUGUUGCCACAAAAGCAGGUCACCUCUGUUACAAGUCUCUUCUAUUUAGCGGCUGCUUUCCAGCAAAUGAAACUGUACACACAGGCUGUGGAGAAGCUGCAGCAAGCAUUGUUACUAUUCGAUAAAGAGAAACAGAAUCAGCAGCUCACUAUUACAGAGUGUGAUAUUAGAUGGCUGAUGUAUCAGUGCUACCAUUCACUGUGUGACUACGAGAACGCACUGUACGCUCUAGAGUGUAUCGGACCGAAAUCGAGGACUGUUCGUUAUUACAUGGCUCUUGGAAAUCUUUACAAACAGACCGGCGUGGAAAGAUCAGCAGUUGCCUGCUACAAAGAAGUGCUAAAAACUCAUCCGCUUGCUUUGGAAGCUAUCGAAUCAUUGAUGGAGCUUGGGCAAAUAACUAAAGAAAUAAUCAGUUUAACCUCCGAGACGAUGGCAGGCAGGUUUGACUGGCUAGUUGACUGGAUUGAGGGCUGCUCGUACAGUGUUCGCAACGAGCACCCUCGUGCUAUUGCCAGAUAUCAGCGCUUGCUUAGUGUCAAUGGACCAAGUGCACACGUGCUCGUCAGAAUAGCCAUAUCUUACAAUUCUAUUGGAGCAUAUAAAAAAGCAGUGUCAACAUUCGAAGAAGCAUACAGCCUAGAACCAAACCUUACAACUUACGCGGGCACGUAUGCGAGUCUUCUAGCGCAACUUGACAGCGAACAAGAAUUGGAGAAAUUUUGCGAGCAUUUGUCAGAAGAUAAUCAAGUUGAGAGUUACAUUGCUCAUUGUUACUUGGCGCUGAUGAAGGAGGACUUUACUCGUGCAACGACGUUAUCAGAACGUGCUUGUCACAUUGCGCCGCGCUACAUACCAUCACUAAUAGCGCGAGGCUGCAGUGAGAUGCUCAGCAACAAGACCACAUCAGCGAUGAUUACUUUCAGGAGCAUUCUCAGCAUGAAGUCCAACUGUUUCGAGGCUCACAAAGGUAUGGUGAUGGCGCUACUAAGAUUUGAGCGACACAAGGAAGCAGUGAUAGCAGCUAAGGAGAGUGUUAAACAGUGUCCUGGACAAGCUAGAACUUUCCUGCUUAUAGCUCACGCUACCAGCAGAUACCCAGAGGAGUCGAGCAAGUUGCGGGAACGUGCUAAGGUUUUUCUAUCGGGAAAGCUCUCACACGGGCCCCUUCCUCGGGGGGAAAAGUUUUUGUGAAACCCUUUCCGCCACCUUUUUACAUACGGAAAAAAGGGAAGGAAGGGUAAAAUAAAAAUUUUUUGUGAAAAUAUGAAAAUAAAUUUGGGGAGUUUUAUAAAAAAGGUUAGUUUUGAGAAAAAUGUUUUAAUAUAGAGUGAGCUAAACCCGGGGAAACUCCCUUUCGAGCUUAAAGGGUUUUUACAGAUACUCGAACAUGGUGAAAAUCUAGAGAACGCUGAGAACGAAUUCGCUCCAGCUACGCCUCAUACAAGUUGGAUAAAUAUAUGAAAAUCAAACCCCCGGGCCCACAGUUCGUCCCGAUCAACCCAAAUACAACACGUGAUACAACACUGGGUACAACACGUUUAAACAACAAAGGAUAAAAACACGUUUUUUAAAAAACCCAAAGGCCCCUCCUUGUAAUGUUUAAAAAAGAAGAAAAACGGGAAAAUUUGUUUCAAUCAUUUAAAAAGGGGCUAUAAAGUUUUUCUUUUGGUUUAAUUUGGGGGUUAAAAGGGAAAUUUUUGAGUUUUUAAAAAGACAAAGGCCCAUUUUUCCUUUUUGGGGUUUUAAAAAUUGUUUUUUUACAGCAAUUAUGAAAAGAUAAGGGGGCCCAAAGCUUGGGUUUUGGGGUUAGGGGUUUGUGAUAAACGAACAGCCGACUUUUAACUUUUUAUGGGCCCCCAAUUUUUUUAUUUGAUUAUCAUUUUACGUACUUUUAGUUCAACCGCACUAUAGGGUUUACAACUUUAAAUUUUGGGGCCCGAUAUCACCCCUGUCGAACUUUGGGAAAGGUCGAACUAAGUCCAGGGCGCUAAAUCUAUUUUUGACAAAUAAUUUUUUGGGUUGUGAAACCCAAAGGCUAUUUUCGGGGCCCCCCUCAAAGGAUCAACUUGUUCAAAGGGGGGUUCAAAGGGAGAUAAAACAAUUUUUUUGACAUCUACAAAACCCCCGGGUUUGAAAUUUCAUAACCUUUCAGUAAAAAAAAUUUUAAAAUUUUCCCUUUUUGCCCCUCGGUUCUGGUCUACAAACAGGGGAAAAAUGAAAAAUAUAUUGUAUCCCAACCCGUUUUUUUUCCGGGUUUAGCAGCCCCAAAACCUUUAGACCGGUUAAAUCGGUUUAAAUAGUCGUUUGGGAUGAAAUAAAGGGGUUUGGGAGUGGUAAAUAUUUUUUAUAAAAAGCGUACCUUUAAAAACUAGAUCUAUAAAAAAAAGGACGGUUUUUUUCUCCGCUAAUCUACAAUUCUGCUUUAAUCGAUUUUUAACCAAGGGGUUUUUUUGAACUUGAGAACGUUUUAACCCUUUUUUUUUAAAUUUUUUUUGCUGGUACAUCUUUUAUGUACAAUUUUCUUUUAAUGUUAAAAGGAAAAAAAAUUUUUGAAAUUUUUUUUGAAAUCCCCGGUUUUUUCCUAAAAUCAGGUUUUACAUUUUUUCACUCUGGGUUUUAAAAUUUUUAAAAAGGGGAAAAAAAAUUUUUUGUUUUUUUGGGGGUUUUUAAAAUUUUCUUUUCAAAAAUUUUUACCCCAGUGAAAUGUAAAAAUCCAAAAAAACUUCUUUUUCUUGAUUUUUAUCUUAAAGAAUGUCGGGCUAUAGAAAAAGGGGAAAAGGCAAUGUUAAUGUUAUUUUUUCUAGGGGUUUAAAAACCCCGACGGGGUUUCAUUUUUUUAAAACGCGUAUUUUAUAUUAUUUUCUGUACAAAUUUCAAAGUACCAGCAAAGGGAAUGAUAUUUGAUGUUUAAAUUUAAAAGAAACAGUUGUGGUUUUUUUUCUUGAUUAAAGAAUCGGGUUUGAAAAAAAAGCAUUGUUUUUGUCAUUAUUAUAACAAAGCUUACAA